UGCCCCGGAAGUGGCUGUCUGUAGCUGACAGCUGCUGCUGAGGAGGCGGCGGGCCCGGAGCAAGAUGGCGCUGCGGCCGGGCACGGGAGCUGGCGGUGGCGGGGCUGCGGGGGCUGGCGCGGGAGCCGCCGGGGCUGGCAGUUUCAUGUUUCCUGUUGCAAGUGGAAUAAGACCCCCACAAGCAGGUCUGAUGCCAGUGCAGCAACAAGGAUUUCCCAUGGUGUCCGUCAUGCAGUCGAACAUGCAAGGCAUGAUGGGAAUGAGCUACAGCUCUCAGAUGUCCCAAGGCUCCAUCGCCAUGCAGGCAGGAAUACCCAUGGGACCAAUGCCAGCAGCAGGAAUGCCUUACCUGGGCCAAGCGCCAUUCCUGGGCAUGCGUCCUCCAGGCCCGCAGUACACUCCGGACAUGCAGAAGCAGUUUGCUGAAGAGCAGCAAAAGCGAUUUGAACAGCAGCAAAAACUCUUAGAGGAAGAACGAAAAAGACGCCAGUUUGAAGAACAGAAGCAAAAGCUCAGACUGCUGAGUAGUGUGAAGCCCAAGACAGGAGAGAAGAGUAGAGAUGAUGCGUUGGAAGCCAUAAAAGGGAAUUUAGAUGGGUUUUCCAGAGAUGCUAAGAUGCACCCUACUCCAGCGUCGCACCCCAAGAAACCAGAUUGUCCCACAUCAUCUCAUUCUACUAAAACUGUCUCCCCAUCACCUGCCUUUCUUGAUGAAGAAGAAUUCAGUGACUUUAUGCAGGGGCCUGUUGAAGUUCCCACCCAUGGGCCUUGUGCCACGGCCCAGCCCUUUCAGUCUUUCCAUCCUACUACCCCACUUGGCCAGUUGCAUGCCCAGAAGGCUGGUACACAGCCUGUCCCUGCGGGUCAGAUGCCAGUGUCAUUUGCCUUACAUGGUGUCCCUGGGCAAAUUCCUUACUCCUCCACUGCUUCAGCCUCACACAGUGUACAGAGAGCAGGGCCUUCUUUGGAGGAGAAGCUCCUAGUGUCUUGUGAUAUAAGUACAUCUGGGCAGAAACAGAUUAACUUAAAUACUUCUGAAAUGGGGCACAAAGCCCUAGUCCAGGGUUCCAGUAAGAACCAUCCCAGUUUAACGGCCAGUAACGGGGUUGCCAUAGAUGGAUGUUUAAGUGGUACCACCACUGCAGAGGCAGAAAAGUCUUCAGACCAAAACCUGUCCAUUGAAGAGAGUGGUGUGGGAGUCUUCCCCUCGCAGGACCCUGUUCAGCCCAGAAUGCCUCCAUGGAUUUACAAUGAGAGUUUGGUUCCAGAUGCCUAUAAGAAAAUUCUGGAAACCACAGUGACUCCAACUGGAAUAGAUACUGCUAAACUUUAUCCUAUUCUGAUGUCAUCUGGACUUCCCAGGGAAACUCUUGGACAAAUAUGGGCCUUAGCUAAUCGAACAACCCCUGGCAAGCUUACUAAGGAAGAACUUUAUACAGUCCUUGCCAUGAUAGCGGUAACACAGAGGGGUGUACCUGCCAUGAGUCCGGAUGCUUUAACCCAGUUCCCGACGGCACCUAUUCCAACGUUAAGUGGUUUUCCUAUGACUUUGCCUACCCCAGUGAGUCAGCCAACUGUGAUACCCUCCGGCCCGGCGGGCUCCAUGCCCCUCAGCCUUGCGCAGCCUGUCUUGGGCAUUAACCUUGUUGGACCAGUGGGUGGAGCUGCAGCCCAGGCUUCCAGUGGCUUCAUGCCAACUUAUCCUGCAAAUCAGGUGGCAAAGCCAGAAGACGACGACUUCCAGGACUUCCAAGAUGCUUCGAAGUCGGGAUCCCUGGAUGACUCGUUCAGCGAUUUCCAGGAGCUGCCUGCUGCUUCAAAAUCAACUAAUGCUCAGCAUGGAAACAGUGCUCCUUCUUUGUUGAUGCCACUCCCUGGGACUAAAGCAGUGACUUCAGUGGAUAAAUAUGCUGUGUUUAAAGGAAUUGCAGCUGACAAAGCCUUUGAAACUACUGUUCCAUUGGGAGAACCUGGUGACAAAUACAGUGCUUUCAGAGAACUUGAGCAGACAGCCGAAAAUAAGUCCCUAGAAGAAAGCUUUGCAGAAUUCAAAUCCUCAGGAACAGAUGAUGGGUUCACUGAUUUCAAAACAGCCGACAAUGUAUCCCCACUAGAGCCACCGACAAAAGACAAAGCUUUCCCAGCCUCCUUCCCCGUGGGAACUGUGCAACAGAAGCAGCAAACGCAUGUGAAAACUCCCCUGAACUUAGCCGAUCUUGAUAUGUUUUCCUCAGUUAAUUGCAGUAGUGAGAAACCAUUGUCUUUUUCAGCCACAUUUAGUGCAUCAAAACCUGUUUCCACGCGGCCACAGCCGACAGGUUCUGCCGCAACUACGACAGCACCAGCAUCAACUAAGACUUCUAGCUUGGCUGAUGACUUUGGAGAAUUCAACCUUUUCGGGGAGUAUUCUGGUCCAGCAUCUGUUGGGGAGCAGGAUGACUUUGCAGAUUUUAUGGCUUUUGGUAACAGCUCUAUUUCGUCAGAGCCAAAGGCAGAGGACAGAUACGAUGCCCUGAAAGAGGAAACCAGUCCCAUCCCCGUCUCCAGCAGCUUGGGCAGCACUGUCCAGGGCUCACAGAGCUCCACUGCUGCCCCCAGCAAGUACGACGUCUUCAGACAGCUUUCCCUGGAAGGGUCUGGGCUAGGUGCUGAUGAACUGAAAGAUAGCACUCCUUCAGGAAAAAGUGAUGACGAUUUUGCUGACUUCCACUCCAACAAGUUUUCUUCCCUGAGCUCGGACAAGUCCCUGGGAGAGAAAGCAGUGGCCUUCAGGUCCACCAAGGAGGACUCUGCGUCCGUGAAGUCCUUGGAUCUGCCCUCCAUCGGCGGCAGCAGUGUUGGCAAAGAGGACUCGGAAGACGCGCUCUCUGUCCAGUUUGACAUGAAACUGGCUGAUGUAGGAGGAGAUCUUAAGCAUGUCAUGUCUGAUAGCUCUUUGGAUUUGCCAACAGUUAGUGGCCAGCACCUUCCUGCUGCAGAUAUAGAGGACUUAAAAUAUGCCGCUUUUGGAAGCUACAGUAGCAAUUUUGCAGUGAGCUCACUCACAAGCUGUGACUGGUCAGACAGGGAGGAUGCGUCCCAGGGUAGAAAACCCUCUCCAUUUGUCCUCUCAGCAGGCAGUGGGUCCUCCUCAUCCCCUUCCGGCCUGCAAAAGCAAGAGACUUCCUUUGGCAGCUCUGAGAGUGUCGCCAUGGCCUCGCUCUCCAAAGCCUCCACCUUUUCCAGUGAAGAUGCGCUGCCCGACAGUGCCUUCCCCGCCUUCGCCAGUUUCCAAGACGUGAUCCCACCGGCCAGCGAGCCAAAGGAAUAUGAGAGCAGGGACUACAAAGAGUUCACGAGGCAGGACCUGCCCGCCGCCGAGCAGGGCCCGGAGAGCACGUGUCUCAGUCCAGCUUCCAGCAGCGCCUCCUACGAGACCCCCAAGGAAUGCUCCGACGACUUUGGGGAGUUCCAAAGCGAAAAGCCCAAAAUUAGCAAAUUCGACUUUCUGGUAGCCACGUCACAAAGUAAGAUGAAAUCCAGUGAAGAGAUGAUCAAGAGCGAGCUGGCGACCUUUGACCUGUCUGUCCAAGGAUCACACAAAAGGAGUCUGAGCCUUGGCGAUAAGGAGCUCAGCCGCUCCUCCCCUUCCCCGGCCCUGGAACAGGCCUUCCGAGACCGCUCCAACACCCUGAGUGAGAAGCCUGCAUUGCCCGUCAUCCGGGACAAGUACAAGGACCUCACAGGCGAGGUGGAGGAGAGUGAGAGAUAUGCAUAUGAGUGGCAGCGGUGCCUGGGCAGUGCCCUGGAGGUCAUCAAGAAGGCAAAUGACACCUUAAACGGGAUCAGUAGUAGUUCUGUGUGCACAGAGGUCAUUCAGUCGGCUCAAGGCAUGGAGUAUUUAUUAGGUGUGGUUGAGGUGUACAGGGUCACCAAGCGCGUGGAGCUGGGAAUCAAGGCCACUGCCGUGUGCAGUGAGAAGCUGCAGCAGCUGCUGAAGGACAUUGACAGAGUGUGGAACAACCUCAUUGGCUUCAUGUCCCUCGCCACGCUCACGCCGGAUGAAAAUUCACUGGAUUUCUCCUCCUGCAUGCUGCGGCCUGGGAUCAAAAACGCCCAGGAGCUUGCCUGUGGGGUGUGCCUCCUGAACGUGGACUCCCGGAGCAGGAGAGAAGAGAAGCCUGCAGAGGAACCUCCUAAAAAAGCAUUCAACUCGGAGACUGACAGCUUCAAGCUGGCAUAUGGAGGGCACCAGUAUCACGCCAGCUGUGCCAACUUCUGGAUCAAUUGUGUUGAGCCUAAACCUCCUGGCCUCAUCCUGCCUGAUUUGCUCUGAAGGACUCCUCUGUGAAGCACCAGCUGCGUGUGUGUGUAUGCGUGUGCGCACAUGUG